AUGAAUAAGCUCCAUUUGAUUGCAUUCUUUACAUUAAUGCAAUUCUCCCAUUCGCAAAAUUGUUCUUGCUCAGAUAAUUAUUCAAACAGCACAGAUUGUGAAUCCUUAUUAAACAAUACUUGCUGCAAUAUUUCAGACUAUAAUGACUGCUUAUAUAAGACACAAUCAAAAGCUUCAAAUUCUUCAGACAACGCAGCAAGCACAGUUUUGCUUACAAGUGUCAUAAUGGGGAUUUCUUUUGGGGCGUUUUGGUAAGCUCUAUGCAGGUUUGGCUGUGUUUUCUAUUAUGUAUGUAAAAAAAAUAAAGUUGAGCACAAUUUUGAAGUCGUUACAGCUUCUCUUCCGAAUGAAUCGAGCUUAUUAGAUUAGAUUAGAUUAGAUUAGAUUAGAUUAGAUUAGAUUGUGCCAUUCGCUUUCGCAAGGGCCGGGUCUUUGCACCCCUACACGCUCAUCAUCCCCGAGAGAUCCCGGCGGGCACCCUUCCUUGUUGCCGCAAACAUGGUAUUCGCGCACCAGUCUUGACUUCCGUGGCUCCUGGAGUCUAUGGCCAACCACCUGAGUCGAAACUCCCAUUUUCUCGUUAGGAAAUACCGUCUUCAGGGUCUGAGGGUCAUAUUGUCCAUCAGACAUUGGCCGUCCUUGCCCUUUCCAAUGGUUGUACCGGAGGAAAUAACUCUAAGUCCAGGGAUUAGCUCCCUGGCCCGAGGAAAACCUGGCCCGACUAUACAUAAAAGAUACCGGCCCCUUUCCACCUAAAUCUCCAACACUGGGCCGUUGCCUGCUGAUGCUGAAGAAAUAGGGUCGAGAGGUCGGGUGGUCUGUCGUCACCAUUUUUAUUUAUAUGAGUCGAGCUUAUUAGUUAUGAAUUCUGCCAGAAAGCUUGUAGGGUGCCAUUGGAUUGAAGAAAAAUAUCCUAUGAAAUAUUUUUCAUCAAGAAUUAAGCAUAAAGGUGAACCGAUUUGCACAAUUUGUUUAGUAGAAUUAAAGGAUUUUGAUCUCGUAAGAGCAAUUAGCUGCUCACAUGUAUUUCAUGGCUUUUGCAUUGAUGAAUGAGUAAUGGCAUCACAGUCUCCUAAAUGUCCAAAUUGCAAUGCAGAUUUUUAG